CUGGGCUGUCCCCGCUUCCGCCUUAAUCUCCUGCUUCGCUCGCGUUCUCUGCCGCCGUCGCCAAGGCGCGCUUGGAAUCUGCAAGGAGGCUUUUCUCCUGCCGGCGCCCGGCGCCCUCGGAUGCCGCCUUUUCAGCUUCUUCUCUGCCGCCGGCGGGGAUUGUUGGCUUGGCUUUUCCCUCCGCCUGCAGGGGCACGGCUGUUAACUCGCGCUGCCCGGUCGAGGCGAAGCUGAGGUCCUCGGCCCGAGCGGAGCUCGCGGGCGCAGAAAGUCGCAUCUGCCGCGAGGCGGCUUUUGCCGUGGCUCCCGAUCCCCUCGACCCCAGCGGCCUCUCGUGGGAUUCCCUUCCUUUCUUGGAUGCGCGUCUCGCCCUUCCUCGUGAUUAUGAAACCCUCCACCGGGAUGCCCCCCAAGUGAGCCCCUCUGGCGAAGACGCGGAGGAGUUGCCUCGCCUCCUUCUCGCCCGCAGGCCCCCGUGAGCGUCUCCCGCCGCCCCGGCUCGCGAUGGGGCUGGAGGUGCCGCCGAGCGUCCCUUCGAAGCCUCCGCUCUUCAAACUGAGGAAAGUUCGCAAGAGGCGGGAGAUGCUGCUGCAACAGCUGGGCUUCAUCUGCGCGAUCCUCUUUUUUGUUUGGUGCAUGUCCAAGCUAGGACAAGAGUCAGCUGUUGUUAACCAAAGUGUUCUGUCCGAAUUAUGGAGGAAUAGAAGAUUGAUGGCAUCAAACAAUGAGUCACACAAACAAAAGAACUGCACAGAACCAGCGAUUCAUGAAUUUCCUGAGGAUUUAUUCAAAAACAAAGAAAGGCAGCAAGGAGCAAUAUUGCUUCAUAUUAUUGGUGCUCUGUAUAUGUUUUAUGCCUUGGCUAUUGUAUGCGAUGAUUUCUUUGUUCCAUCUUUAGAAAAAAUUUGUGAGAAACUACAUCUGAGCGAAGAUGUUGCAGGAGCCACAUUUAUGGCUGCGGGAAGUUCGACCCCCGAGUUAUUUGCAUCAGUCAUAGGUGUAUUUAUUACUCAUGGUGAUGUAGGAGUUGGAACCAUUGUUGGUUCUGCCGUUUUCAAUAUCCUCUGCAUUAUUGGUGUCUGUGGAAUCUUUGCUGGGCAGGUGGUCCGUCUCACUUGGUGGUCUGUGUUCAGGGAUUCUGUCUACUACACUCUGGCUGUAAUAGUGCUUAUUGUGUUUAUAUAUGAUGAGAAAAUUGUAUGGUGGGAAAGCCUUAUACUCAUCAUUAUGUAUUCCUUCUAUAUACUUAUCAUGAAAUACAACAUGAAGAUGCAGAAGUUCUUUACUAUCAAAAGUAUGAAUGUUGGGAAUGGCAACACUGUGAACAGCGAACUGGAAGAUGGUAAUGAAUAUUAUGACAUUAGCUGUGAUGAUCCAUCCAUGCCAUUGCUACGGAAAGUGAAAGGAACACAAGAGCAUGGACGCAAUUCUGUGGUGAUGGUCGAUGAGAUUAUUUGUUCCAGUCCUCCAAAAUACCGCUUCCCUGAAGCUGGCUUGCGAAUAAUGAUUACCAACAAAUUUGGUCCAAGAACCAGACUACGGAUGGCAAGCAGGUUAAUUAUUAAUGAGCGUCAGCGUCUAAUUCAUUCUUCCAAUGGCCAGUUGAUUCAGAAUGGGAGACAUGAGAAUAUUGAAAAUGGGGCCAUCCAUGUUGAUAACCAAGAAGAAGGAACGGAACACGUUGCCCUGUCUCCAUUUUCACCACCAGAAAGAAAAAUGGACAAAGUCAAAUGGAUCCUGACGUGGCCACUGAUAUUCCUCCUCUUUUUCACCAUCCCAAACUGCAGCAAGCCACGCUGGGAGAAUUUUUUCAUGCUGACAUUUGUCUUUUCCACAUUAUGGAUUGCUUUGUUUUCCUACUUUAUGGUGUGGCUGGUAACAGUGAUUGGUUACACUCUAGGGAUACCUGAUGUUAUCAUGGGCAUUACUUUCCUAGCUGCAGGAACUAGUGUGCCAGACUGCAUGGCUAGUUUAAUAGUAGCAAGACAAGGAUUGGGUGACAUGGCAGUGUCCAAUACAAUUGGAAGCAAUGUGUUUGACAUUCUUGUGGGCCUUGGAGUACCAUGGGGCUUACAGACUAUGGUGGUUAAUUAUGGCUCAAACGUUAAGAUAAACAGCAAAGGACUAGUUUACUCUGUUGUGCUUCUCCUGGGGUCUGUAGCUCUUACUGUUGGCGGGAUCCACUUAAAUAAAUGGAAACUUGAUAGGAAAUUGGGCAUCUAUGUGCUCACCCUCUAUGCCAUUUUCUUGUGUUUCUCGAUACUGAUAGAGUUUAAUGUCUUCACUUUUGUCAACUUUCCAAUGUGCCGAGAAGAUGACUGAGAAGUAAAGCCAAGAGGUGUCAUAUGGGUCUACUGUGCUAUAAAUGUCAGGAGACAUUUUACACUUCAACUUGCUUCUUAACCAAAAUCUCAGUGUCUUUCCUGCUUCAUCAACUUAGAAGCAAUUUACCUGGGAGGAAAGCACAUGUUUCUUUGAUAACACACAAGCUCAAGACUACUAAAGCUGCAUCAUCUCUUCCUCCUCCUCCUCCUCCUCCUCCUCCUCUUUCUUCUUCAGGUACCCUCAUUCAGCUGUACUUCUUCAUGCAGCUCUGUAUGAGGCUUUAAAGGAUGGUGCCUCGUUUCAGUUUCCACUCUGGUUUGAGCAUCAUCACUAUCAAAUUGACAUCACGUCUGCCGUGGAAACACAUUUUCCAUUUCAUGGCAUGUGGUUCUUCAAAGAAGAGGAAAAGAACAUAAAUUCAGGAUUUUACCCUGGCUCAUUUCAAGGAUCUCAGCUAUGGGCUGUCAUGCGGUUACAUGCUUAUAUGCAUGAAAAACCUUGGUUUUUCCUCUUUAAAUGCUCCAUGUAUAGAGGAGUUUCACUGAUGCUGAGGAGAUCAUCUUCAAUAGUAAUUUAUCAUCUUUUGAAAAUGUUUUUGAAA